UUUUGAUUAAUUCCAGAAAUUCUUCAAACUUAGGUAUGAGCAUUGUGAAAGCGAAAAUUACAUUGAAGAACCCUAGGGAAAAGGAAAAGCCAGGCUUGUUGAUAGUGAAGGAUUACUAGCACAUUCAACUUUAGAGCAAACCAAAGAUAAAGUAUCGGCACAAGAAAAGCUGAAUUUUCAAUCUUGAUUGAUGUGGAAAAUGUGGAUUACACUAUGAAAUCACUUCAUUCAUAGAACAGAAAAAGGAAUGAGGCCCCUACUAAUUUUUUCUCAGGAAACUCAAACCUUUUCACAAAGAACAAAAAUUGAGGAACCAUGGAAUUGCUUCAAACUUAUUUUCGAUAAUGGAGAGAUCCUAAAGGAAAGGCAUUAUAUUAUAAAAGGAGGUUCCCCUCAAGAGAGGAAAUUGUAAGUAUUAAGUAAACUUGGUUCGUCUUUUCACCAAUGGAUUUCUCUACAAAUCUCCAUCAACAACUUCUUCAACUCGAAAAUCAAUUGCUUGUUGGCUCUGGAAGCGGCCAUGCUUGGACUCCCGACCUCUCCUUGUCACCAAACUGUGAGUUUGAACCAAUUUUUCAUUUCCAAGAUUUGAAUCCAGCCAUUGAUGCACAAAGCUUUACGAGUUUGCAGCAUUAUAAUUCCCAUGGAAUUAGCAAAGAGAAAAGGUAUGAAGAUAAAGAAGGGAAAAAGGACUCAAGUUCUAAUAAUUCUCCAAAGAAAACCAAUAAUGAUGAAAGUUUGAAAAGCCAUGAUUACUAUUAUUAUCAUUCUUCUUCAAAAUUUGAAGAAGAUGAUCAAAUGAAGAAGAUUGGACAAAGUUGUUGUUGCAGCAAAAUUCAUCCAACUGUUAAUGUUUCAUCGAGAAAUAAUUAUAAGCCAUUGACGAUGACGACAGAGUUUUCAAGCUCUUUAGGAUUAUUUGAUCAUUCUUUUUCAUUUGCUUCUUCACCUCAUCUCUUGGACCAAUCAACAACUUCAUCCUCUCUUCUUACUAAAAUUGGAAACCAUGAAGUUACAAAUGCAAAGAGAGUUUAUAGUUUGAAGCAGCAAAAACCAAAUUCCAACAAGAAGACGCGAGUCGAGCCACGAGCCUCUUGCCCUCCUUUAAAGAUUAGAAAAGAAAAACUAGGAGACAGAAUAGCAGCACUUCAGCAAUUAGUGGCACCAUUUGGUAAGACUGAUACAGCAUCAGUUCUAAUGGAGGCCAUUAGUUAUAUUAAUUUCCUUCAAAAUCAGGUUGAGAUGCUAAGCCACUCUUACAUGAAAUCAUGUCGCAGCAAAAACUACAAAACGACAUGUCGGGAUGAAUUAAAUGAUGACAAGAAACAAGAAAGUGAUUUGAAAGCCAAAGGAUUAUGCUUAGUACCAUUGGCUUGCAUUUCUUACUUACCGGAGGAUUCAAGCAACGGAGGCAGAAUCGGCAGCCUUUGGCCCCCGUUGGCCGCCGCAAAUUUCAAUAGAAGGUUGUUUUGAUGUACUUGGUUACCACCAAGUUCAAAUUACAUUUUUAUACAUAUGGCCUAAUCCUGGUCAAGUCAAUGUCAAAUGGCAGAUAACCUAGUCCUAGUCUAUUUAAUCCUCGUAAAAACUAACAUUCUGUUUAUAUUAUACAGCACCCUUAGCAUUCCCUUUGAUGCUUUAUUGAUUUUAACAAUA